GGCUCUAGAGCACAGACUCAAUAGCUGUGGCUCACGGGCUUAGUUGCUCCGCGGCAUGUGGGAUCUUCCCGGACCAGGGCUCGAACCCGUGUCCCCUGCACUGGCAGGCGGAUUCUUAACCACUGCGCCACCAGGGAAGCCCUCAGUUAGUCAUUCUUUUGCUCAUUCACAUAUUUGGAUAAUGAUUAACAAUACAAGUUCUGGAGCCAGUCUGCCUCCGUUCAAACUCCAGUUCUGCCUCUUACCAGCUGUGUGACUUUGGGCAAGCAGCUCCACCUAGCUGUGUCUCGGUUUCCACACCUAUGAUGGUAUCCAUGCCCUGAGACAUCACCCCACGUGUUGGGAUGCCUGAGUUGUCUUUAGGGAAUGGGCUUCAUGGUGAGCUUAUGAUGACGCCCAAGAGGAAAGCAUGAGAUACAGGGACUUGAGCGCUCCAGGGGCUCCCUGGAUGAGGUGGCAAAGUUGCUCAGAGCUUUUUCGGAAAGCAGGACGUCUGUCCUCUUGGAGUCUCCAGCUACAAAAGGGAUUGACUUUAUCCAGAAGCCACAAGCCGCAAGUCUGCGUGUCAAAAGAGAACCGCUAAGCAGUCAUUCCCCACCCCCACUCCCUGCUGCCCCGGGCAAUCACUAGCCUGCUUUCUGUCUCCACCGAUUGGCCUUUUCCGGAUAUUUCAUAUAAAUGGGAUCAUACGGUGUGUGGGCCUUUAUGACGGGCUUCUUUCACUCCGCACAGUGUUCUCAAGGUCCGUCCACGUGUAGCACACAUCAGUACUUUGUUCCUUUUGUAGCUGAAUAAUACACCAUAGCAUGGACAGACCGCCUUUUAUUUGUCCAUUCAUCAUCUGAUGCACAUCAGUUUAACGGGUAUGGGGUCUCCUUUGGGGGUGACGAACAUGUUCUGGAAUUAGUCGGUGGUGAUGGUAGCAUAACACUGUGAGUGCAGUGGAAUUCACGGCGUUGUAGACUUUAAAAUGGUUUGAAGGCUGGAUUUUAUGUUAUAUAAAUUUUACUUCCAAAAAAAAUAAAAAGAUAAGAGGAGAAAGAGAGGGAUUCUGUCCUGCGUCUCUUUCACUCUCCCUCUCUCUGUUUCCUGUCCCCUGUCUCUCCUUCUCAGUGGACGGCCCUAUGCAAACAACUUUCAUGGAGUUAGAUAAAUCGACCUCCUAAGACCUGUGCUCUGAAUUUAAAAACUUCAGUUAGAACCAAGCUUCCUUGGAUCCCAGUUUGGAAACUCCUCUGUCUCCCCUAUUUUGUUUUUGGCUUUUUAUUUUGCGGUACACAGGCCUCUCACUGUUGUGGCCUCUCCCGUUGCGGAGCACAGGCUCCGGACGCGCAGGCUCAGCGGCCAUGGCUCACGGGCCCAGCCGCUCCGCGGCAUGUGGGAUCCUCCCGGACCGGGGCACGAACCCACGCCCCCUGCAUCGGCAGGCGGACUCUCAACCGCUGCGCCACCAGGGAAGCCCUGUCUCCCCUAUUUUGAAACCUCUUCCCUUUCCUCCUCUUCUGUCUCAGGCUCUCUCUGCCCUUGGUUUCCUUGACUCUCACUUCCACCCUGUUGCCCCUUCCAUGAAACACUCAGGGAGGAGUCCAGGUAUCUACCUACCCCACUCUCCCUGAGGCUUCAUUACAGGAGUUGGGGAAGAUCCCAGAUCACCUUGCGUCAUUGGCCUCAGGGCUGCUGGCUAGUUUGCAGAGGAGGGGAGAAGGAGAGGGCCUGGGUCUUCCCUCCAGAGCCAUACUGGGGCCCCCGCCCCCCUCCAUUUAACUGUAAAUCUCACUAAUUGUCAUUAGCCAAGAAGAGUUUCUACCUGAUUAGAGGGUGUCCCGCCCCAUGUCUACCUUGUCUCCUUCCCUCAACCCAUAAAUCGCAUGAGCUGGGACAGAGUUAAAAGCUGUAUCAGCUGCUGGUCUGGGACAGACGGACGGAAGGAAGAAGACAGGUGGUGCAGCAUGACAGCUGGCUGAGAGACCAGGUGAACAGCAGGAGAGUUGCCUGAUAGGGUGGCUGGCAGAUGAAAAGGCAAGCAGGCAGGGGGCCAGACAGAUAGCAGAGAGACCGACAGGCUGAGAUUGCAACGGUCACAUGGAGGAACCGGCAGGCGGAGAAGCAAGAACCUGGAAGUGGACCACCAUGGUGUCCAGCACCUUUUUUCUCCUGUGUUUGAUUGGGCUCAGCCACGAGGGCACACAGAAAGUUUUUAAAGGCACGGAGUGUAUCCCUCACUCUCAGCUUUGGCAGGUGGGGCUGUUUGAAGGUACACAGCUGCGCUGUGGGGGAGUCCUCAUCGACCGCAGGUGGGUUCUCACAGCUGCUCGCUGCAGCAACAGCAGGUACAGCCUCAGCCAGAUGGACUGGACCAAACAGAUCCGGCACAGUGGCCUCUCCGUGACCCACCCUGGCUACCAGGCAGCCCUGCAGAACCAAGACAAUGACCUCCGGCUUCUACAACUGGGCAUCCCUGUUCCCUUGACCCGCAGCAUCCGGCCCCUGCCCCUGCCCACUACCUGUGCAGUGGCUGGCACCAGGUGCCACAUCUCGGGCUGGGGCACCACCAACCACACAAGGAGUAAGGGGGUGCUGGGGUCAGGGGUCACAAUUGGCAAAAGUUUGCGGCAUAGGGUGAGAGGUCAGGAGUCAUGCCAUCUCAGAGGAAGGAUGGGUAAAGUGUCACACAUCAGGAUUCAUGCUUUAGGGUCUGAGAUCAUGGUGCGUAGGGGUCUUGGGAGUUAAAGAGGUUAAGUGGUUGCGUAUGGAGUUAGGAGUCAUGGGUCAGGGAUGUGGUUAGAGGUCAGAGUGAUGUUAUCAGACUGGAUGGAGCAAAAGACAUAUGUAGAUAGGAUCUUGGGGUCAUGGGUCAGGUACUCUGAUGUUAGUCAUUGUAGAGUUGAGGUCAUGGGAUCCAGAUGUUGGCCACAAUCUGAGGACGGAAAUUGGGAUUCGAUCAAGGAUCACUGGUCUGGGACUGGAAGCCACAGGGCUUGGUGUGUGGAGGUAGAGGUUAGGGGUCAUGGAGUCUGGAGUCAAAUAAACUAGGAUCAGAGGUCACUUUGGAGGAUUCAGAGCUGAGGUUGGAGGUGAAGGUGAAGACAAGGAACAUGGGGCCAAGACACAGAGAGAAGACGUGAGGCCAAGUUGGGAUAAAAGGGCAAUAAGAUUGAAGGUCAAAGGUCACAGUAGCUGGGAUUGAAGGAGAAA